ACCAGGUAAGUUACAUACACCACUCUAUAGCCCUAAAAGGCUGCUGCCUGCUUCUAUUCUCAGUUGCUGUUUGCUCGCUCGCAGUCUUCCCGUCUCCUCUCUCCCUCCCGUUACUCACCGGUCACUGACCACGUCCAACUUCUGCCGCCCGUCAGUCAUGCUUUCAUACUCCAGAAGUUUCCAGCCAUUUCGCCCUCAACCGGAGAACUUCUCUGGUCUCGCUCUCUCUCUCUCUCUCUCUCUCUCUCCCUCUCCCACUCCGUUUCAUUUCCUUUGCCGACCGGAGCGAUCGAGUAACGGAAGAGUAAUGCGGAAGGAAAUUAAACGCAUCACCGAAACCUUCUUUUUGUUCUUUCUCUUGCUCGCUUCUUUCUCGGCGGACUUUGCUUCCGUUUUUCGGUUCUCCAGUUCCGUAUCCGAUUUCGUCGCCUUCCCCGGCGAAUCACAGCUCCACCAGGUUGAAUUAUCGUUUAGGUUUUUUCACUUGUUUUUGUUUUCUUGAGCAGAUGAUCCAGGGGCAGACGAGUUUCUUAACGCAGCUUUCUCAGGAGACCUUCCGCUUAUCAGGAGGCUGGCUCGUGCGCUUGAAAAGCCAGUAGAAUCCGUUCGGGACGAUAAUGGCCGGACCGCAUUCCAUUACGCUGCAGUUGGGGGUAAGACCCAUGUCUGCAGGUUUUUCCUUGACAAAUUGAAAGUCGCUGUUGACAUCAGGGAUGGAUCAGGCGAGACCCCCUUACACCAUGCAAUUUUAGGUGAUAACUACUCUACCGUAGUGUACCUUCUUGACAAUAAUGCUGAUCCAAAUGCCGCAGCUGCUGAUCACGGGGACUUUAGGCCGUUGCAUUAUGCUGCUUCAAGAGGAUUCAAGAAACUGGCGCUCCUUCUGUUGUCAAAAGGUGCUCAUGUUGAUGCAAAAUCUUUUAUGGGCGCCCCAUUGCAUUUUGCAGCUCAAGAUAAAGCAAUGGUUUCAACAUUAUUAAAUCACAAAGCCAAUCCUAAUAUGGUUGUCUUUGAUGCAUUUUCUCCACUGAUGAUGGCGAUUUCCCUGCAGUCUUUCGACUGUGUGAAGCUACUACUGAAGGGUGGAGCAGAUCCAAACUUAACUCCAAGCCUAACCAAGCUUGGAAUGACUCCUCUGGGUUCUGCUGUCAUGGAGGGUACCACAGAGAUCAUCAAGCUGUUGUUACAAGCAGGAGCAGAUCCUAACAAGACUGAUGUGUAUGGAUUGAUACCAAUUGAGAUAGCUGCUAUACUUAAAAAUUGCUCCGAGGCUGCUGAGGUACUGUUCCCACUCACCUCACCUAAUCCCAAGGUGCGCAAUUGGAGCUUUGAUGGGAUAAAAGAGUACGUGAAUUCUGUAGGUCAUAUCAUAGAGAGAGAUAUGAUAAAUCAGGAACGUUUUCUAAUGUUCAAAUCAAAGGGGAAAGACGCAGUCAACCGUAAGGAUUAUGCUGAAGCCAUGGUUUGGUACAGUAUGGCCAACGAUAUGGCACCUACUGAUGCAGCUGUGUUGUCGAAUCGUAGCCUAUGUUGGGCACGUUUGAAGGUAGGUGAGGAAGCUCUAAAUGAUGCACGGGAAUGCUUGAAACUGAGUCCCAACUGGUCUAAGGCAUACUACAGGGCUGGCAUAGCCUGGAACUUGCUCAAAGAUUUUCAGAAAGCAGCUGAUAUGUUUGCUGCUGGACUUCAGUUAGACCCUGAGAACAAAGAGCUUUGCGGCGCUUUCAGCUUUUGCGUUCAUGAUCCCGUUUCUCUAACUGCUAAACUGGUGCGAGUCAGCGCUCAGGUACCGUUUUACCUGUAUUUUGGUGUGCCUGCGUCCCAGACUAAUGGCAGUGCCUCUCUCUCCCUCCACUUCCCGCACCUUCACAACCCUUCAACUGAUCGAAAUCGGGCGAUGGCCUUCCGCUCCUCUCCCAUCUCCCCUGACGGCGAUAUUUUCCCUUCCAGAGGCUUCAAACUUCUUCGCCCUCUCAUCUCCAACUUCUCAGGCGAUCCAGGAGCUGCACACUUCCUUUCCGCGGCUUACUCCGGAGACCUUCAACUCGUCAGGGGGUUGGCGAGUGCUCUGGGGGAGCCCGUAGAGAGCGUUAAAGACGACCAAGGUCGAACUGCUUUCCAUUAUGCCGCUGUUGGAGGGAAGACUCUUCUCUGCAAAUAUUUCCUCGACGAACUCAGACUCCCUGUUGAUAUCCGAGAUGCCUUUGGGGAGACUCCUUUGCAUCAAGCAAUUUUAGGCCAUCACAACUGCACCGCCGAGUACCUCUUGGACAACAACGCUGAUCCUAAUGCGGCUACUGAUGAUCAAGGGUUCACACCAUUGCAUUACGCUGCGGGAAUAGGAUCCAAAAGAUCGGUGCUACUUCUGAUGUCGAAAGGUGCUGAAGUGAAUGCAAAAUCCAGUUUUGGCACCCCGUUGCAUUUUGGAGCCGGAAAUGAAGGCAUCGUUAAAACUUUGUUGCAUUACAAUGCUGAUCCGAAUAUUGCUGUUUUUCAAGCAUAUUCUCCAUUAGUAUCAUCAAUUAUAGGGCGGUGUAGCGAGUGUGUGAAGCUACUGUUGAAGGCUGGAGCUGACCCAAACUUAAUUCCGAGCUUAAGCUUGCUCCGAAUGUCUCCAUUGGAUGCGGCUGUCAUGCAGGGGAACACCGAGAUCAUCAAACAGUUGUUAAGAGCAGGAGCGGAUCCAAAUGCGACUAAUGCAUUUGGUAUGAAACCAAUUGAAAUAGCUGCAUUCAAAAAUCGCCCCAAAGCUGCUGAGGUUCUGUUCCCUGUAAGCUCACCUAAUCCGGAUGUGCUGAAUUGGACAUAUGAUGGGAUAAAGCAGUAUGUAGAUUCUGACGAGCAAGCAAGCAAGAGAGACAUCAUAUGUUUGGAAAGGUAUUUGCUGUUUAAAUCAAGAGGGAAAGAGGCAGUCACCCGGAAUGAUUAUUCUGAUGCCGUCUUUUGGUACACUCAGGCCAGUGAAGCAUUUCCUCCUGAUGCCGCUGCAAUGUUAUCGAAUCGAAGCCUAUGCUGGGCGCGGUUAAAGGAGGGCGAGGAAGCUUUAAGUGAUGCGCAUGCCUGUAUGAUGCUGAGGCCUGACUGGCCCAAGGCAUACUACAGGGAAGGCAUUGCCUGGAACUUGCUCAAAGAGUUUCGGAAAGCUGCCAAGUCAUUUGCUUUUGGGCUGCGGUUGGACUCGAGCAAUAGGGACCUUCAAGAUGCCCUAAGGGAAGCUUUGGCAUCAGCAGCAGCAGCAGCAGCUGCUGCUGCAGGGAAUGGAUACAGAGUGUUUUGAUCAGACAUGAUUAGCCAGUUGUCAGUUGUGCGAUUGGUUUCACGUUUUGUGCUCGUAUUCCUUCUGCGGGCCGCGGCUGAAAUUGUGUUGUUCUGUAACGCUGUGUUUGCUUCUAGGCUUUUUGUGUACCAUCCUAAUCUCAGCGGUCGUAUUCAGGGCGAUUGUAAAUUAGGUGAAAAGUUCCAGCACUCUCAGGCUCUCAGCUACCUGUUACGUCUUCAGAACGUAGUUUUCUCAAGGGUGGAAUUUUGUAAGUAGUAGUUUUAAGAUGUCGAUAUGGGGCAAUGAAUGGGAAGGUGGUAUGAGUUGUGUAACACUCUGGGUGGUCUAUCCCUUCUAAGUUCUAACAUAUGAUUAGCCGUUGGAUUUGAAUUUCAAAGUAUGUAACACAUUCUUUCGAAAAUACCUUAAUAUGAUCGUAACUUUACGAUCA